GCCCCGGCCGAGCAGCGGAGCCCGCAGCCCCCAGCGGCUGCGCCCAGCUCCAUGAAUGGAAAUCGGCAGCGCAGGACCCGUCGGGGCCCAGCCCCUCCUCAUGGUGCCCAGACGUCCUGGCUAUGGCACCAUGGGCAAACCCAUUAAACUGCUGGCCAACUGCUUCCAAGUUGAAAUCCCAAAGAUUGAUGUCUACCUCUAUGAGGUGGAUAUCAAACCAGAUAAGUGUCCUCGGAGGGUGAACAGGGAGGUGGUGGACUCAAUGGUGCAGCAUUUUAAAGUGACAAUAUUUGGGGACCGUAGACCAGUUUAUGAUGGGAAAAGAAGCCUCUAUACAGCCAAUCCACUGCCUGUGGCCACUACUGGGGUGGAUUUGGAUGUGACAUUGCCAGGGGAAGGUGGAAAAGAUCGUCCCUUCAAAGUGUCAAUAAAGUUUGUUUCUCGGGUGAGCUGGCACUUGCUGCAUGAAGUUUUGACAGGAAGAACCUUGCCUGAGCCUCUGGAACUAGACAAACCUAUCAGCACUAACCCUGUUCAUGCUGUCGAUGUGGUGCUACGACACCUACCCUCCAUGAAGUAUACCCCUGUGGGCCGCUCCUUUUUCUCAGCUCCAGAAGGCUAUGAUCACCCCUUGGGUGGAGGUAGGGAGGUCUGGUUUGGAUUCCAUCAGUCUGUUCGGCCUGCCAUGUGGAAGAUGAUGCUCAAUAUUGAUGUUUCUGCCACUGCCUUCUACAAAGCACAACCUGUAAUUCAGUUUAUGUGUGAAGUUCUUGACAUUCAUAAUAUUGAUGAACAGCCAAGACCUCUGACUGAUUCUCAUCGGGUAAAAUUCACCAAAGAGAUAAAGGGUCUCAAGGUAGAAGUGACUCACUGUGGAACGAUGAGAAGGAAAUACCGCGUUUGUAAUGUAACAAGAAGGCCUGCAAGUCACCAAACCUUUCCUUUACAGUUAGAAAACGGCCAGACGGUGGAGAGAACAGUAGCACAGUAUUUCAGAGAGAAGUACAACCUCCAGCUGAAGUACCCUCAUCUUCCCUGCCUACAAGUGGGACAAGAACAGAAACACACCUACCUGCCUUUAGAAGUAUGUAAUAUUGUAGCUGGCCAGCGGUGUAUCAAGAAACUGACAGACAAUCAAACAUCGACGAUGAUAAAGGCCACAGCGAGAUCUGCUCCAGAUAGGCAGGAGGAAAUAAGCAGAUUGGUGAGAAGUGCAAAUUAUGAUGCAGAUCCGUUUGUUCAAGAGUUCCAGUUCAAAGUCCGGGAUGAGAUGGCCCAUGUGACGGGGCGCGUGCUCCCAGCUCCGAUGCUGCAGUAUGGAGGACGGAAUCGAACAGUGGCAACCCCAAGCCAUGGAGUAUGGGACAUGAGAGGGAAGCAGUUUCACACUGGUGUAGAGAUCAAAAUGUGGGCCAUAGCUUGCUUUGCAACACAGAGACAAUGCAGAGAAGAAAUACUGAAGGGUUUCACAGACCAGCUGCGCAAGAUCUCCAAGGACGCAGGGAUGCCCAUCCAAGGCCAGCCCUGCUUCUGCAAAUACGCCCAGGGUGCAGACAGCGUGGAGCCCAUGUUUCGACACCUCAAGAACACCUAUUCAGGGCUGCAGCUCAUCAUUGUCAUCCUGCCAGGGAAAACCCCAGUGUAUGCGGAGGUGAAACGUGUGGGCGAUACACUCUUGGGAAUGGCCACACAGUGCGUUCAAGUCAAGAACGUCAUUAAAACAUCUCCACAGACCCUAUCAAAUCUGUGCCUGAAGAUUAAUGUUAAACUUGGAGGAAUCAACAACAUCCUUGUACCUCAUCAACGACCCUCUGUGUUCCAGCAGCCAGUGAUCUUUUUGGGAGCUGAUGUCACUCACCCUCCUGCUGGAGAUGGGAAGAAGCCUUCUAUAGCUGCUGUUGUAGGUAGUAUGGAUGCUCAUCCAAGCCGGUACUGUGCCACAGUGAGAGUUCAGCGACCCCGGCAGGAGAUCAUCCAAGACCUAGCCUCCAUGGUGAGAGAGCUCCUCAUCCAGUUCUACAAGUCAACACGGUUCAAGCCCACACGUAUCAUCUUCUAUAGGGACGGGGUCUCUGAAGGACAGUUUCGCCAGGUUUUGUAUUAUGAACUGCUAGCCAUUAGAGAAGCCUGCAUCAGUUUGGAGAAGGAUUACCAGCCUGGAAUAACCUAUAUUGUGGUGCAGAAGCGACAUCAUACACGAUUGUUCUGUGCUGACAGAACAGAAAGGGUUGGACGAAGUGGCAAUAUUCCAGCUGGAACCACUGUAGAUACAGACAUUACACAUCCGUAUGAAUUUGAUUUUUACCUCUGUAGCCAUGCUGGAAUACAGGGUACCAGCCGUCCCUCACACUAUCAUGUUUUGUGGGAUGAUAACUGUUUUACUGCAGAUGAACUCCAGCUGCUGACUUACCAGCUCUGCCACACAUAUGUGCGCUGUACACGAUCAGUUUCUAUACCUGCACCAGCGUAUUAUGCUCACCUGGUAGCAUUCAGAGCACGAUACCAUCUCGUGGACAAAGAACAUGACAGUGCUGAAGGAAGCCAUGUUUCAGGACAAAGCAAUGGGAGAGACCCGCAGGCCCUUGCGAAGGCUGUACAAAUUCACCAGGACACCUUACGCACGAUGUACUUCGCUUAAAUCGACAGACGGGGAGCAUACUCACUGAAAGGAAGAACUGAACAAUUAAGCCACAUACAAUGUAUGUUUCCAGUGGGGUUGGUUUAGGGGGUGUGCCUCCGAUCGUGCUGAAGUUGAUGCUGUGCAGGGGUGAGAGGCUAAACCCUUAAAUUGACGCAAGGAAGAUUGUUUACUUCAUUGAGGAACACAGCACUAUUAUGCAAUAUGAAACCAGCCAACUGCUUUCUUGGUGCGGGCUCCUGUAGGCAGCACCACCAUCAUGUUUUAGUUUCGUUUCUUUUUUGACUCUCUCGUAGUUUAACCCUCUUUAAAAUGCCUUUACCUCAAGUUGCUCGGCAGCACAACUGCAAAAAAAAAAACAAAGAAUAAUGAGAAAAUUGAUGGUGUAAUUCGAAAAAGCAAAGCACCUCUCGAGGAACAGUCCCAAGGGUUGUUUGGGAAGUGUGCAAAAAAAACCCCAGUAACAACGAGUUUUGUACCCCCACUGCAGUGUGGAGUCUUUCAAUAUUGCCAUUAAGCAUUCGAAUGUCCACAUAUCCAAGUACAUUUGAAUGUACAUCACUAAUUAGAAACGGCUGACUGGGGGGAAGAUGUUUUGCACACUAACCCAGCAAUUCGAGCCUAGUUUAGCCAACUGCUGCCUCUGUGUCUUUCUUCACAGCUUUGGCUCCAAUAGUUUCCUUUCUAAAAGCAAACAGAGAAGCUAGUGGUAUUAUGUGCAGGCAGUAGUGAUCCAAACUCGUCUUGCUCCCUGGUGAAUUUACUAAAGCUGCUGUUUUACCUAGUCCAAAAGUUUCAAUUCUUUUCUAUCUGGCAAGUCAAAUAUGGUGAAGCUUCACGUGAGAUCCAGUGUCCCACGUUUUCUGGGAUGACAUCUACUAGACACCAGAACUGAAACUUCAGAGCUGAGGUCUUUCUGGGAAAAAAAAAAAGAAAUGCUAGUUUACUUGCUGCCUCUCACACCUUAAUGUGAUUUCAUAUGUAUGUGUUUUUGAAGUUUAGCUUCCUUUUGUUUCUUUUAUAUUUAUUAGAGUAAUAAUAAUGCUUUAAUUUAAUGAUGACAGAACAUAUGGUCAACAUCAACUUUUAUUUUUUAGAAAUGUAACCAUGUUUAUUUUUAAAAGAAACUGACAACUUGUUUUGCUAUCUUUUAGUGCAAUAAGCGUUCUAAAGGAAAACUGUGUCCAUUGAGCUGUGCUGAAGCAGUGUUUGUACCACUAACUGUGGAAGAAUGGACACCUCCAUGAUUUUAAAAGGACAAAGUAAAAGCCUUAAUUUUGAAAGGAAAGUUUUAUAGUCAGAAGGAAUCUUGAAUUUUCCUUUUUUAAAUCAAAAACAAUAGCGAAAAUGCUUCUAGAACUCUGCAAGCUUUACUUGUCACUGCAGGAUUUUGAUUUAACAAAGGAACUGGCCUUAUUUUUGGCUUUGAAAUGUGGAAGAUAUUUGAAUUAAAUGGAAAGAGUUUUUUAUUAAGCUCUAAGUUUUUACAUGCAUAGUUAAAUCUAUUUGACAUCACUAAAAUGUCUGGAAUUAAUAGAAGUUUUUAGGCUUUUUUCCUCUUUGAUAAUGACUUUCCUUUUAAAAUUAAGUUAUUGGUAACUUCAUUUCACUUUGCAAAUAAAGAGGGCUGGGAUAGUUCUAACAUGUUAAAUCACUGAAAUGUGAAACAAAUUAACGGGACUCUUUCAUUCCACUUUAAAGGUAAAACAAUAUUUAAGAUGUCAGAGACAAGCAUUUAUUCAACGAGGGGACUGGGGAGUUUUGCACUUUGUAAACUCGUGAACUGCAUUUUUGACUGUUUUUAUUUGCACUGGUUCAUAGUAUAUAUACUGCAGAUCCUUUGUAUGGGCAUUGCUGUUAUCCCAGCCCUUCUGAACUCCACCUGCUCUCCACAUGAAAACCAGUGGGUUGGUUUAAGUAGCUCCUCUCCUGUCAUUCUCAUGAAAUCCGCUGUUUGCCAAUAUACUGUAUUUUGAGCCUAAAAUCUGAGCCCAUUUUGCUUCAACAGGCAUGAAUCUCCCCUUUUUUUUUUCCUGCCAGAAAGCAAAAGUACUGUAUUUCGUGCAUUUGUAUAUUGUAUUGAAGUGUACAUGUGCUGUUCACAACACUGUCUCAAAGAGCUUUACUAAACCGUUAGUGUAUGUACAUAUUUUAUCUCCCACUAGCAAGGAGGAUCGUGUAAAAGAAGACUGCCUUUGCAACGUUAAAUUGCACUGGAAUAGCAGUGACAGCGGGCAGUUGGCUUGGAGGAGCCUCAGGGAGAAGGCAGGACAGGAUCAAGGGAGGCUCAGCAGACCGGCACGUGUCCGGGGAUCCCUGAGGCCUGGGGAGCCGUGUGCCUUCACCGGCUGCUCCCACAGACCCCCAGCCAUGCUCCUUGCCCUCUCAAUGCGCUUGCCUUUCAGCCCCUUCAGAUACACCUGCUGCAGGGAGGUUGGUGCAAGGAAAGAGCUAGAGCAGGAUGGUUUCUGAGGCAGUCUCAGGCGUUUUCCCUCCUCUGUGACCUGACAGUUCUCUCACAGGAGCACUCUAGCUUGUAGUUCCGUUUGGA